UGGUGGAGAAAGAAAAUGGAGAUAAAGGGAAUAAGAGCGGCGGCGGUGGCGGUGGCGGUGGCGGUGGCGAUGGUGGCGGCGGCGAGUGUGGUUGAAGGAAAGGAAGAGAGGGUGGGUGGGUCAAGUGGAUGGACAAUUCUCGGCAACGUGGACUACUCCAAAUGGGCUUCUUCCCACACUUUCUAUGUUGGCGAUUCUCUCCUAUUCGUGUACAACAGCCAGUUUCACAAUGUGAAGCAAGUGAGCCGGCGUGACUUCCACUCAUGCAACGCAUCGUCGGCGAUCGCCACGUACACCUCGGGCUCCGACACGGUGCCUCUGAAGAGGCCCGGCCACUAUUAUUUCCUAUGCGGAUUCCCCGGGCAUUGCCAAGCUGGUCAGAAGGUCCACGUCAUCGUCACCUCAUCCUCUCUUCCUCCGACGCCGGCGCCGGCGCCGUCGCCCUUCGCCUCUGCUGCUCCUGAAGUUUCCGCUAGAAACGACGCCGUUUCAUCGGCAGUGUCUAGGGUUCUGGCGGCAGCCGUGGGUGUCGUGUUCUUUAUGUGAUGCCAAGAGUUCAGUGUGUUAGUAUGUUGUGAGACGUUUUUGUUCGUUCCCCUUGAGUUUCGGGCAUUAUGAUGAAAGAGUUUGGUGUCGUCUUGGCGCGUGCCGUUUAUGUUAUGAAUUCGGGUUUUAAAGAUGUCAAUACUUUCACGCUGUUAUUAUUACCAUCUUUAAAAAAAAUAUAUAUUGUUCCCA